AUGUGAAUGGAAAAUAUUGAGAAAUUCUCAAGAGCAUUUUCGAGUGUUUGAGAGAGUGAAAGAGAGAGAGAGAGAGAGAGAGAGAGAGCGGGAGGCACUGCACAGCAGCAGAUCUUCAGUCUGGCCAAGGAAUAGCAGCGGCGCAGACAACGCCACGUCAGACAGCGCUCGUAAAUUGGAGAAAAAGAGGAAGAAUUUACAGAGUUUAUUGAAAAGGCAAUUUGCCAGAUUAGUUGGGAUUGCAUCGUGUAAAUUCUUGCGCGCGUGUUUGGCGGCAUGUUCCGAGUGUCGCAGGAGAUUCGCUUGAAUACGAGCGCAGCGGGCGCCGCGGGGCAGGCCCAGGGGCUGGCCGAUCUCGGCGAUGUCAGCAGCAGUGCGGAGAGUUGUAUUUUCGGUCGAUACCAGCGCACGCCCGAUGCGGAUGCGUAUCCCACAGAGCCGCCGCAUGUCUAUGUUGCGCCCGAACUGACCGACGCGGGCAAGGUGCAGUUGCUGCAUUUGCCCAGCGGCGCGGUGCGCGUCAAUUCCACGAUUAGUUUCGUCAUCAAGCGCAAUGGGGUGAAGGGCAAUUUCGAUGUGCGCCUCGAGACACCCAGCGGGCAGCACGGAGCGCCACUGCAGCUGACGCAGCUGGAUCCGGAACGCUUUCAGGUGGAAUGUCAGCUGACACAGGCGGGCCUCUAUAAGGUGCACAUCAAGUGCAAUUCCGUGCCGUUGCCCAAGUCGCCCUACAUUAUAGUCACCAUAGCUGGAGUACCGACACCAAUUGAGGAUGGGAAGGAACAUGCAGCUACCAAUCCAUCAAUGCCCCACUUCGAAUCCGAUGCGAGCAAAGUACAUAGUCGGGGCCUGGGUCUGACCCAUGUCAAUCUGCUCGAGCGGAACGAGUUCACGGUGGAUGCCAGCUCUGCCGGCAUUAAUAUGCUAUUUGUGGGCAUUCUGGGCCCACAGGGACCAUGUGAUGAGGUGCUGGUCAAGCACCUGGGCCGGCAUGUAUACCGUGUCGCGUACCAGGUGCGGGAACCCGGCGACUACAUUCUGGUGGUCAAGUGGGGUGAACAACACAUUCCAGGAUCACCCUUUAGUCUCUGUGCCGAGUAACUGGAAGCACGCAAAGCAGGCUUGGAACUGAUCCGGUUUUAGCUCGGCAACUAUUUCUGGGUGACAUUUUGGCUAAGUAUACAGUGUAGUGUUUAUA